AUGAGUGGCUCGCAUCUUCUGGCCAGCUCCUUUGCAGCUGUUACCCCGAAGACUACCAUUCACUGGGUGUGGCCGCUGCUUGUUGUGGCAGUAGCACGAAUUCUGCAUGUCCUGAUAUGCAGGGUCCGAAACUACCAGGCCGAUCUUGCUCUUGCACGCAAACACGGGUGUGAAAUGCCCCCUGAGCUACCCAAGAGAUGGCCAUUAGGAAUCGACAGGAUCAGAGAGCUCUGGAAGUCCAACACAGACGGCCAUCUCUUAGCUUUCCUCUGCUCUAUUGCUAAGGACUACGAUGGCAGGAACAAUCUUUGCCAGCACCUUUUAUUCGGCCCUCGGGCGUACCACAUUCUACAUCCCGCCAAUGUGGAGUCUCUACUGUCUACGAAUUUCAAGGACUAUGGUUUCGGAUGUAGGCCAGCUGUUUUUGCGCCUCUACUCGGGAAUGGGAUCUUCACUCAGGAGGGCAGCGCGUGGCGACACUCAAGAGAGCUCCUCCGUAAACAAUUCGUCCGGGCGAAGUACCAGAAUCUUGAAUCAUCUUUCUCCGAGCACGUCGAUAACCUCAUUUCAUCUAUGCCAUCGAGCGGCGUGGUCGAUCUCCAGCCCCUCUUCUUCGCUCUCACUCUAGACACUGCCACGGCAUUGCUUUUUGGACAUUCAGUUCACAGCCUCAGAGCAAACAUCGACCAAGCUGUGGAAAACAAGCUGUUUGCAGAGAGUUUUGAGAUUGCACAAGAGGGACUUGCCAAGCGGUUUCGAAUCGCGCCUUUUCACUUUCUUUACAACCCAUCCGAGUUCCGCCGAGCAUGCAGAAAUGUGCACCAAUUUGUGGAAAGAUACAUUCGUCAGAGAGGCUUCGGGAAGCAUGCAAACGAUGUCAAUCAUAGCUCCAGGAAUGAUAACGCCUCUUCUUGGUUUUUCGACCAAGUCGCCGCUGGCUCACCUUCAGAGGUUGACCUAAGAGACCAACUACUAAAUGUCCUGCUGGCAGGAAGAGACACUACGGCGUGCUGCCUGUCAUGGACGCUUCGCCUUCUCGUCCGACACAAGCAGGUCAUGCAGCAUGUCAGGGAUGAGAUCUCCGAGGUAAUGAGAGAUGAGAUGCAUCCGACGAGGGAGCAUGUCAAGAAGAUGCAAUAUCUGAACUGUGUUGUCAAAGAAACACUUCGUCUGUACCCAUCGGUACCCCUGAACAACCGAGAGGCGAUUAAAACAACCAUUUUGCCAACUGGCGGCGGACCAGAUGGCGGCAGCCCAAUCCUGGUGAGGGCGGGAGAGCUUGUCGUAUUCUCUCAAUACGUCAACUCCCGCAUGAAAAGCAUAUACGGGGAAGACGCUGAAGCUUUCCGCCCUGAGCGAUGGGAGACUGGUGAGCUGUCCGAUAUUGGCUGGGCAUAUUUUCCAUUCAACGGCGGACCUAGGCAAUGUUUGGGAGAAGACUUCGCGCUCAUGGAGGUUUCAUACACCCUCGUGAGACUACUGCAGGCCUUUCCGACCAUCAAGCUGCCGGAAGUUGAGACCAUGGAGCCGGUGGGAGCAGAGCGUCAGAGGUUGACAUUAGUCCUGUCUAGCGCUGACGGCUGUCGAGUUGAAGUCAAUACAGCCGUUUAA